GUUCACUUCAUAUGAAGGAUCGCCUUCGGCGAAAUGAAACUCAUCCAACGGUCCAAACAGCUGCAAUCGUCUUGCAUCGGUACUGAAGCGAUAUUGACCAUUCAUUCAAAACGUUAUCCGUUCACUUCAUAUAAGGAUCCCUUCGGCGAAAUGAUCGAAGGGAUAUUUUAUGCUAAACUUUUCCGGACGAUUUGAAUUCCGAGAGCACGGGAGUUCAUGCUUGACCAAUGCAUUUGUUAUAGGGCUGUCUGCGUGUUUGAUGACCCGCUGCGGUUCGAAAAACAGAGAGAGACAGAGGGAGGAGUUUACGCUUGUUUCUUCUUGAAUGGUUGCAUAAACUUCGACCUUCCGACAUCCAAGAUAACUUUUAAAAGGAGAAAACAUUUGAACGAAGAUUGGCAACACCAAUUGACCACUGAGUUAUUGGUGCAACAAUCAUCUAGGAAGAGAACAUUUGAACGAACAUUGACAAUAGCAUUUGACUUCUUGAGUUAUCAAUGCAACAAUAAUCUAGCAAUCUUUACCCCGUUCAAUAAGGAAAGGAGAGAUAUCAAGAGAAAGGAAUGGAGAGAAAGCUGUACGACGCAGUUAAAUUAGGGGACUCGGAGGCACUUAAAAGUUUUCAAGAUAAUGGCCUCAAUAUCCUGCAACAGAUUACACCCACAAAGAAUACAGCACUCCAUGUGGCAGCAUAUCAUGGCCACUUGGGAGCUGUGAAAAUGAUGGUUCAGCUGAUGGAUCGAGACAUAGAGGUCGGCAACCAGGGAAGCCAUGGAUUUCUAACUGCAAGAAAUGACGAAGGUAACAUUGCUUUGCACGAAGCAGCCAUUGGAGGACAGCGCAACGUAGUGCAGUAUUUCUUGCAGAAUCAUCCUGAUCUUGUGAAUAUCGUUAAUCAUGCCGGUGAGACCGCACUGUUCAAAGCUGCAGAGGAAGGUCAUAAGAAAAUUGUUGAGGAUCUUUUGUCCCCUACAGAUUCCAAGUACGACAAGAGGACAUCCGAUGGCCAAACCCUUGUGCAGUGUGCUGUGUACAAAUCACACAAAGGUGUCCUUAAGAAACUCAUAGCUAAUAAUCCAGAGCUUCUUCAACAAGUUGACAGUUUAGGCAGAACGCCAUUGCAUAGCGCUGCCUAUCUUAACGGAAUAUCGCGCAUUGCAAAGAUUAUUUUGGAGAAAGAUAGGUCUUUGUGUUAUAAAGUGGACAACAAUCACCAAUCAGCACUUCAUCUAGCAGUGAAAGAAGGGAACUUGGAGUUGGCCACCGAGAUAUUGACUUAUGCCAAAGAUUGCAUAGAAAUUUUAGAUAAUGACGGGAGAACUGCUCUACACUUGGUGGUUGAAAAUGCAGUGCAGACGUUUCACAGAAUUUCAAGGCGUAUCAAAACUUUGGUGUUGUUGGUAACAUCAAAGAGGCUGAUUAAUAAACCUGACAAGCUGGGCAAAACAGCUUUAGACAUAGCAAUUCACAAGAUGUCCAGUGACGAACGUCUUUUUUAUGGGAUUAAAAGGUUGCUAGAAAGAAAUGGUGCACGGAGCAGCGCAAGGGCUGUGGCCGUGGAAGAAACAAAAGAGCACUCAUUAGCGAAUGAAAAAUCAACGUGGAAUGUCCAAAUUGUUUCAGUAAAUGCGGUGUUGAUCGCAACAGUAGCAUUUGCAGCAGCUUUCACUCUCCCAAAAGAAGAUCCCCAUUAUGUUGUUGUCUUUCAAAUGACAGUGAUAUGUGACGCAUUAGCAUUCUGCACUUCUAUUUCAUCAGCGGUUCUGCUAAUGUACGCACUAUAUGGUAAACAAGAAGACCCCCUGCUUCUUAACACCUCACUCACCGGAUUAUGGAUAGCAUUGAUAUCUUUAUUGCUGGCUUUUGGGGCCGCCAUUUUCGAGGUAGUGGCACCAAAGCAUAGAGCUGUAGCGGGGACUGUGUUGGCUAUGGUUAGUGUUGUUCCGAUUUGCAUAAGGAUGAUGAUUUUUCGCUCCAAGAAAUACAUCUUCAGAGAAGAUGAGCACCACCUCUGGACUCUCGUUAUAGUUAGUUGCGUCCAGAUGAUACUUUUAUUUAUACUUGGCACAAUCACAGAAAUCACUGCUCCGCAGGCACUGGGUAUGGUCGUGGGCUUAAUGGUGGUUUGGAUUGCAGCGUCUUUAGGCCCCAAAAAAUGGUUUCUUUCUCAGCGACGCAUUUCCAGAGAUAACGGGCACUACAUCUGGUUUUUGGUGAUUGGCGCAAUCAUGAAUUCGCUAUUCAUUUUGUUUUUGGUAGCAGUUUUCAUUGGAAUAAAUUAAUGGUCAAAAAAUAUUGUCAUAAAGUAGAAACUCUUAUACUUUAUUUCAUCAUACAUUGAAGGUUGUAACAAUGGUUGUAGAGAGGAGUGGAGAAAUCCUACUAUGUCCUAUGCUUGCAUGUAAUGAAUGUUUACAGGAUUUCAUUAGGUAAAUUUUUAUAAUAUAAUUAUGAUUUGUAUAGA